AACCUGACGAAUAAGAGGAGAGGCCGCCGCGUGCCUAUCUCUUCUGUGGUCGUCUCGAAGAAUGGAGUGCCACGGGUACGGAACCAUUAUUAUCUAGUAUCCAUUGAGAGGGUUGGGACUGAUGUCUUGCGAGGACCUCAACUUCUCAAGAGUCACAUCAGAAGUAUUCACACCCUCGAGAAUCCAUAUCAAAGUCCGUAUUCGGACUGUGAGAAGACCUUCAACAGACAGGACAACCUACAACAGCGCAUGCGCGUGCAUAAGAGAUGA